GUUCUGCGGGGCGCCGGCCCGGCCGUGCCUUUUGAAUGAUUUCACUGCGUUCGGCGCUUGCGGCGAGUGCAAAGGCGGCGGGCGGGAUCCAGGGAGGAUCUGCGGCGGGUGCGGCGCGCGCCUGGCCCGUCGAUGGCGGCCCGAGUGGGCCCUGCCGUGGCCUCCUGCGAGCCGUGCCGCUGUUAGGAGUGGUAAACGGGCUGCGCGUUCACCCCUUCGCCCAUCCGCCUCGGCGGCCGGCGGUCCCUCCGCCGACAUGUCGCUGGCCAUGGAGGAGGAGGAGUACGCCCGCCUGGUGAUGGAGUCAGGGCCCGAGUGGCUGCGGAGCGAGAUCAAGCGUCUCUUCCAGGAGCUGGGCGAGACCACCCGGGAGAAGAUCCAGGCGGCGGAGUACGGGCUGGCAGUGCUGGAAGAGAAGCAGCAGUUGAAGCAGCAGUAUGAGGAGCUGGAGCUGGAGUACGAGACCAUCCGCACCGAGAUGGAGCAAUUGAAGGAGGCUUUUGGACAGGCCCAUACCAACCACAAGAAAGUAGCAGCAGAUGGAGAGAGCAGAGAGGAAACCUUGAUUCAAGAAUCAGCUACCAAAGAAGAAUACUACAUGAAGAAGGUUAUGGAGUUGCAGACAGAAUUGAAACAGAUAAGAAAUGUCCUUGCCAACACACAGUCUGAAAAUGAACGCCUUAAUUCUGUUGCGCAGGAACUGAAGGAGGUCAACCAAAAUGUGGAGAUCCAAAGGGCCCGCCUGCGAGAUGAUAUUAAGGAAUAUAAAUUCCGAGAAGCACGUUUGCUGCAAGACUAUACUGAACUUGAAGAGGAAAACAUCUGUCUCCAGAAACAAGUGUCUGUCCUGAAGCAAAGUCAGGUGGAGUUUGAAGGCUUGAAACAUGAAAUCAAAAGGCUGGAAGAGGAAACCGAGUUUCUCAAUAGCCAGCUGGAAGAUGCCAUCCGGCUGAAGGAGAUCUCUGAGCGCCAACUUGAGGAGGCCUUGGAAACACUGAAGACAGAGCGGGAGCAGAAGAACAACCUUCGGAAGGAGCUGUCUCACUACAUGAACAUCAAUGAUUCCAUGUACAACAGCCAUUUAAACAUCUCUUUGGAUGGGCUGAAGUUCAGCGAUGAAGCCACAGAGCCCAAUAAUGAUGAAAUCAUGAAUGGGUUUGAACAAAACUGCCUCAGCAAACUCAGCAAUGGUAAAAACAAUACUUCAACGCCCAAGAAAAAUGAAAGCUUCCCUCCAGCCCCAAGUCUGGUUUCAGAUCUUCUGAGUGAAUUAAACAUUUCUGAAAUCCAGAAGCUGAAACAGCAGCUUGUGCAGAUGGAAAGAGAGAAGGUUAACUUGUUAACAACGCUGCAGGAAUCUCAGAAGCAGCUGGAAAAUACACGGGGGGCCCUCUCAGAGCAGCAUGAGAAAAUUGGCAGGCUCACUGAAAAUCUGAAUGCCAUGAAGAAGCUCCAGGCCAGUAAGGAGCGUCAGUCUGCCCUUGAUAAUGAGAAGGACCGAGAUAGCCAUGAAGAUGGAGACUAUUAUGAAGUUGACAUCAAUGGGCCAGAGAUCCUGGAAUGCAAGUACAAAGUGGCUGUGGCAGAAAUUACUGACCUGAAGGAAGAGCUCAAAAAUUUGAAGGCAAAAUACAAAGAAUGUGAGUCUAAGUAUGAGGAAGAGAAGAGUAGAUAUGAGACUGAGAGCCAAGCUCUCACUGAAAAGAUCACCUCACUGGAAAAGUCCAGUAGGCAUGAUAGAGAACAGAUGGCCAGGCUGGAGAAGGAGCUGAAGAAGGUCAGUGAUGUCGCUGGAGAAACACAGGGCAGCCUCAGCGUGGCUCAAGAUGAACUAGUCACCUUCAGUGAAGAGCUGGCCAAUUUGUACCACCAUGUCUGCAUGUGCAACAAUGAAACUCCAAACAGAGUGAUGCUGGACUACUACAAGGAAGGUAAAGGUGGACGCAGUAGUCCAGAGGCCAAGGGAAGAAGGUCUCCCAUUCUUCUUUCUAAAGGGCUGUUAACUAUUGAGCUGGGAAAGGCAGAGAAUGGAAGUGGUGACAGCAGCCCAUCCCCGGUGUCAUCUCUGCCAUCCCCUGUGUCAGAUCCUCGGAAGGAACCAAUGAACAUUUACAACUUGAUUGCUAUAAUUCGGGAUCAGAUCAAGCACCUGCAGGCUGCUGUGGACAGAACAACUGAGCUGUCCAGGCAGCGCGUUGCUACUCAAGAGCUUGGCCCAGUGGUGGACAAAGACAAGGAAGCUCUUAUGGAAGAAAUCCUGAAGCUGAAAUCCUUGCUGAGCACCAAGAGGGAACAGAUAGCAACUCUGAGAACUGUGCUGAAAGCCAACAAACAGACUGCAGAAGUAGCCCUUGCCAACUUAAAAAGCAAGUAUGAGAAUGAGAAAGCAAUGGUUACAGAGACCAUGAUGAAGCUGCGAAAUGAGCUGAAGGCUUUGAAGGAGGAUGCUGCCACCUUCUCUUCCCUGAGAGCUAUGUUUGCUACAAGAUGUGAUGAGUAUGUCACACAGCUGGAUGAAAUGCAGCGGCAACUUGCAGCAGCCGAGGAUGAGAAGAAGACUCUGAACUCCUUGCUUCGGAUGGCUAUCCAACAGAAACUGGCCUUGACCCAGCGCCUGGAACAUUUGGAACUGGACCACGAGCAGUCCAAAAGGGUGCGCACAAAGUCUGCCUCCAAAGCCAAGGGCAGUAACCCCAGUGUAAGUCCCAUUCGGUCCUGUGGGGACAGGUCUGAAGGAUCUGCCCUGAACAACCAGGUGUUUUGUAGUGAGAAAUAUAAAAUCUGUUGUGACUAGGACACAUGUCUAGAAAAACCAUAUUCUGCAUCUUAUUUUAUGCUGUAACUGUCAGCGUAAAUCCCCGAUAUCUAAUGUCACAAUGAGUUGACUCGUACUAGUGUGUUGUUGAACCAGGUAAUACAAAUGUAUUACAGUGGUCCUAACUGUAACUAAUGCAUAAGUAUGGGGAUGCUAUUAACAAGUUAAUAGUGGAAACCUGUUAGCUUUUUCCACAAUUAGCAUAUCUGGGCCUUGCUGUUUAUGGUAAGUGUUAAGAGUACACCUGAUAGAGUAUGUAUCUGGUGUUGCUUACUGUAGUUUGUAUAGCACAAAUGUGAUCCCUUCUCCAGGGUUGCAGCAUACUUCAAUAAAUGCUUUCAUAGGCAGAAACAAACGGAAAACCUUCUUUGUUACUGUGGCCCAAGUGGUGAAAAACAAAGGUUAAAAUUAGAGCUGCCUCCAGAAUUCAGAGCAUUUGGAAACUGGAGUCAAACUUAAUUUGCCUGUGGUAGUGGAUGUUAAAUACUUGCUGUUGUAUCACCACUAACCAAAGUCCUAAAGCUUUUAUAGGCUAUAAAAGCUAAAACAAAACCAGGUACAUUGGGGACACUCUGCAUCCCUCUCUUGAGAGGGAUAAUCAGAAGAAACUUGCACAUUUAUAUUAAAAAUAUGCAAUAUUAACUCCAUCUGAUACAAAAUUUAAAAUAUUAAUAAUUGGGAUUCUACCUGGUAGACAGUUCCACUUUAAGAAGUUAUGUCCUGAAAGGUUCUGUGUGGUCUUAUGUUGCACCUUGCAAGCAUAACACUUUGGAAAGAACCCAUCUGAGAUACCCUUUGCGGGAAAGUAGCCACACAAUAUGUAUGUGUAGAAUUAAUGUGACUAUGGUCUAGCAUUGUUGGUCACAAACAGUUUUUCUCAGCUCUCAGUAUUAACAUAAAUAGGUAGCAUUUCAGAGCUCUGAUCAUUUUUUUAAGUACACGGAAGAUACUGCAUUCCAUAUGCAAGCCAUGUGUUUCACAGGGCUCUACAUUAGAGGCACAGGAAAUUGAUCCAGACCAUCCUGCUAAUAGUGAUUUAUGAAGUAGCUUAGUGCACAUAUUAAUCUUUAAAAAUGAAUAAAGCUUUGUCUGAUACUGAACUUUUAAGGGGCCUUUCUACCCACUUAAUUACAAUAAGUUUGACAGUAUAGAAGUGUACUUUCUAAUUGGUGCCUACAUAACAGAAAAAGAUUGAACAUGUUGCUUCUAAAAUUGUGGAAAAUUUGUGGAGCACAGAAAGGCACAGUUCUUUGUUUAACCCGGAGUUUGAAGUGCCUAGCCUCAGACUUUAUUUUAAUGUAAAGCCCUGUUCAUUUUGUACUCUUUCAAAUACUUUUGUAUGCCCGUAGUGUUACUAAAAGAAAUGUGAGCCUGUGCUGGUGAGUGCAUGAUUCCCAAAGCCAUUCUAACCCUGUGCUGUGCUUGUGCUCCCCUGCCUGUCCCUGUCCUUGCUCCCAGCUUGCUCCGUGUGCUGCCCAUGCACACGCAAUGCUAACAGAAGCUAAUAAGAGCAUGCUGGUUUUCCCACUGAGGAGAAACCAUGGGAAAUUUUGGCUUCCCAGAUAUUUUUAGGCAUGUUGGGGGAAAGUCUAAAUUACUACAGUGAGAUUUUAAACAAAUGUAACUUUGCUUCAAAGCUGGGAACCAUGGAAAAAAAUCUGGCAGCCCAGAGCCAGAAUUUCAUCUAAUGAUCUUGAGAAGAAUCAAAAAACCUCAAGUGAUUAAAUUCUAAUACAUUUCUAAAACAUGACUGCUUGGGGCUUAAAGAAAUUUCAGUUCUGGUUUUAGAAAGUAGGCCCUGUGUGUCUGUUACUACUUCUUUUAGAAAAUACUGAAUUCUCCUGAAUUUGAGCUUUAAUAUCGCUAAAUAGCAGGCUUGAUAUUUUAGAAGAGAUACCUUUUAUAAUUUUCAAUCCUGCUUUUCUCUUUGCUGCACAAUCUUCCAAAAGGCCUUUAUUCUUCUCACUCCUACAUUAAGUACAAUUUAAUACAUCAUGAAAGCAGGCUUUUGAAUGCUAACUUUCUCUGCUCUAAUAGACUCAGUUACAAUUCUGCUUCCACCAUAGUAGGGAGCUUUAACACAGUUUUCACUGCUUCCAUGUCUCUAGUGACAGUACUUUUGCAAAAUACUGAUGGCAAAAAGGUAAACUGGAGAAACUAAUUGAAUGCAUUGUUAGUUUUUUCUUUGAAUUAGUUGGAAUUUUCUGUAACAAUUCUAGUGUUACCAGACAGUGACUAUUGCUUUCAGGCUUGGCUCCUUCUGUCAGUUCCAAGUGUGAGCAGUUUUGCUAUUAGCCCAAUAGCCUUAGUGAUCAUUUCCAUCUUCAGUCAUUUCUGCAAAUAUUUAAAAAACCUUAACAGCCAGCCUGCUGUUUGAGUCUAUCACUGUUAUGGUUUAUCCUGUCAGAAAAAGAACUGAGGAAUGGUGUAAAGUGACUUGAUCCUACCGUUUGUAUUUCUAGGUAAUAUUUAAGACUGAGUCUUUUAAUUCUUGAUUAACAAUUUCUUGAGAUGUUCAUUUACUGUAAGUCUUUCAUAUUAGUCUCAAUGGGUUGGGGUAAAGCAUGGAAAAUUCCUUAAGCCAUCACCUACCUCUGCAAGCAGGCUCUUCUGAAUGAUUCUCUGCAUAGGCCUGCAUGAUAUUCUGACCUGCAUGUUUCUGGAGAACCUAAAGCUUCACUGAAAACAUUUCUUGCACACUCACUGCUUUUAACUUAUGCUCGAAUAGCAAAGCUGUAUUCAGUACUUGUAAGAAUCCUUCUUUCUGCAAAGCUGUUGCUUCCAGGCUGACCCCACAAAGCCUUGUUCACCCACUGGAAAGGCAUCUGCGAGCUGGAGUGGCUGCUGUUCCCCCAGCCAGAUAACAGACCCUCAGCCAACUAACCUGCCUGUGCAGCACAUGGAUGGGGUUACGUUUUCAGUUGAUUGAGAAAUAAACACUGAUUUUUUUUUUCCUAAUGCUAUUUUAUUUUUCCAUUUUUCAGCUGUAGAGUAGUUCCUGGAGAAGGCCUUUCCAACAGUGCAACACAUUUCUUAGCCCUCCUCACUCUGGUUCAGAGUGGUGGCCCAUUGCACACAGAAUGGAAACCACUGACCUGAUCCUAACUUUUGAAAACACCUUUUCCUAUAUACUACCUGAAACCUUCCCUUUCUGCCUGAAGCUAUAAAACAAACAAGCUUUACCUAUAAAUGCUGCUGCAGUAAGAAACCUUACAAGUGCUGAAGAAACCUACUUCAAAUGUAAUCCUCACCAUAUUAGUCUGUGCUGUCCUAGAAAUCUUGGAUGGGGGAAUUUACUUCAUUGCAGAUGCUCAUUUUUUACCUGAUUGUUAAACCUGUGCACUUUUGAUAUUUUUCUUUAGCUUCUUUAAUUCCUUAUGUAGAAGGUUUAUAUAAAUGCAGUGGUUUGUGCUCAUAGUCUCUCUCCAAUUUGAAACUUGUGACUUAUGAAUUAUAUAUCAGCAUGUGGCAGAGAUUUGGGGGGGGGGGGCUCUAGAUUGUGAUUAGAAAAGAGUUUCAACAAAAAGCAGGAGCUCUGCUGAACUAUGUGCUGUGCUUCAGCAUCUUCUUUUUUUUAUUAAAAUGUUAUGCUUUAUAUGUUUAAAUUACUGAUUUUUUUAACUGCCAUGUUCAUUAAGAAAUCCAGGGUAUUCCAAUUCUGGGGUUUUUUUCAUAUUGUAUUAUUAUUCUUAGGAAUAGUUCAAUGUAACAAGAAGAAAACUUGACUUUGCUCUGGUUAAAACAGUAAUAGGCACUUGAAAAAUAUUAAAUAAGUAGUAUUACAUAUAAAUUCUAGAAUUCCUGGGUUUUAGGAAGUUGAAGUAUUAUCGAUUAACAGAAUUUUAUACAACUAUACCAGUUAAAUUCCAAAUUGGAAUUGUUUUGUUACUUUUUCAUUUUAUUGUGCCAAAUUAUGGUACAUUUAGAAAGAAAAAUUCUAAAGUGGUCAGUGAUAGGGUGUUAUCUGUCAGCGCCUUUCUGUCACUCAUUAUUGCCAGUAGUGCCUUUGAUAAUUUGAAAGGAGACUCUUAGAGUAGCGUAGGUUAAGUCCUGUCACUUAGGAGGAAUGGAAUGGCUGGUUUGGAAUUUGUUAAAGAUGUGGAGCAAUAAGUGCAAAGUGAACUCCCAUUUCGCACAUUUUUAAUGGUAGGCUUACUAUAGAGUUUAUAUAUUCAAGGCAUUGUAAAAAAUUCUGUUAGUCAAUGAUAUUUCAUCAUGCAAAUCCUUGCAAAUUUGGGGUAUAGACGGGAAAAAAUCAAAACCACAAACCUGAACAAACAUGACUAGACUUUGGGAGCCAGAUGGACUCAUCUUGAGCAGAUGAGCAGUAUAUGGCCACAUUUAUGGUAUCAGUCUGGGAAUGUGUCAGGAAUGUUGCUCACUUGUGGGCGGUGGUGGGGGCAGGAGCCACGGCACUUGUGUGCAUAUGUGAACCACAGCACAUUGGGAUCUCCUUUGCAUGUUGUAUCUAAUUGUGAUUUCAGCAAACAGAAAGAGAGAAGCUCAUCAACAAGCCAUGCCAGGUUCUCAAUGGCUUGGUGAGGCUCAUGUGGAUGAUUUAAUUGGUACUUGCUGGAGGGGAGCACUCCCACUUCUCAAAAAAAGUACAAAUUGAAUUAAUAUUGAAAGUGCAGAGAAGAUUUCUGUUUGCUGGAAAAAGCAAAAUUAUUCCUAGAUGUGGGGACUUAUAUUUCCAUCUUCUGUUACACUAUUGAUUCAUAAGAAAUAUUGUUGCAUUUAAAAUUACUACAUUUGUAUGUGGGUAUUUAUUUGAAAUUAUGUCAAAGUACUGUAUUAUGUUCCAUGUGCAUUACCUUUUAGUGGUGGGUUGGUCUCCAUUUAACGUCCUGUGCAUGUAUUCUUGCCAAGUAACCUUUACACAGACCUGAAAAACAAAAAAGUUAUGCUUCUUAAAAUGAUAACUAUGUUAAUUGGAUAACCUUAGGAAGAGGAGUGGAGGUCAAAACACUGCUUCCAGAUUAAUAAAACAGUUUUUAAUCUAGGAAAGCAAUGUGCCUGCGUAAAGGUAGUCACAUUGGCAGGAGCAAUAAAAGACAAAAAGAAUUGUG